AUGCAGAUCUCGUCGCAUGCUGUGCAGCAAAACGCCUAUUGUUGGCUCUUCACCGCUCACCUGGUGGCCCUCUCGAAAUCUUCCACGGCUAUGGUUCAUCGAGGUGGAAUUGGCUUGAGUCUCGACUCUGAAAGUGGCCUGUACUUGUGGGGACCAGGAUCAGCCCAAGUUCUCAAGGAUCCCGGAGCCAGUCCCGUCAUCGACUCUCCUCGCUGUGUGGGCGAGGUUCAAGGUCCACGAGACUGCGAGAGUGAUAGCGAUAUGGAUGACAAGAGGGAGGAAAUCGAGUCGAUCAAGAGAAGAAAGAGGGCAGUAAUGAGCGGUGACCGAGGGGAGCGUCCUGGCAGCAACAGCCAAGGCAACGUCCACCCAUUCUCCACAUCAGUUCAUCGGCCCGUCGUCAGUGUUGCAUGGCACACGACACUGGAAAUCCCGAAUCCAACCAGUCAGCCAGUAGUCUACGCAUACUCCAAUCUUGCCCUGGCAGACCAGACGAUUACACUUUGCCCAUCAUCUCUUUCAGAAAAGGACAAAGGAUCAAGGGUCGGUCUGGCCGCCGCCACCAUCCCAAAACCAUCUGCGCCGUCCCACCAUCUCGCCUCGUUAGCCUCCGAUCUCUCUUCAGGCGUCAACGUGCAAAACACUUUUCUCAACCUAACCACCACCACCAUUAGAAACACACGCGGAAAUACACCACCGCCCUUGGAUUUCCCUUCCACUCUAGAUGGAUUGCGACACGCACACCGGUUGGGCAUGCAUCUGAACUUGCCCUCUAACUACCUUAGCACCUUAGCUGAUGCGGCGGAAUCCGGCUCAAAUGUCGCCAAAUUAUUGCCCCUCUGCUGCAGAGAGACAAACUACACACUUUCCUCGCCGGCCGCUAAAGUCUCCAGUUGCCUGCCCUGUGGGAGCCAGUGGGAGGACCUCUGGGAGAACGCCUCGAGGAGGAUGCAGAAGCCUGGAACCCCGGUUCCCGUGGGUUGCAAUGGCCAAUCUCCAAACCGCCCAAAGAACCGGUUUCCCAUCCAGGGCAAGGAUAUGCGCCGCCUUGGCCUGGCCCUGGGGCCCUGCCUGCACUACCGUCACCCUCAAGUCUUCUCGCUACUGCGCCGCGGUCCCCCCAACCCUCUCGAACAAUGCUCAUCCCGGCUUCCGGGAUCCCUGCUCCACCUCAGCGGGGAGGGGCGGCAUUUCAGUCAUGCCCGCCGCCUCACCUUUGAAAGCAAGCAUGCUUCUUCUCCUUGCUUUGAGGACUUGGAUCUGAACUUGAUCUGA